AGCUACAUAUUCAAUAAAGUUAGAAAAUAAAAAUAGAAGAAAUAAAGAUAAAAUCAUAAAUUAAGGAAAAAGAAUAACACUUGGUAAAUCAAAGCACUCAUUCUUCAGAAAUAAAGUAGACAUUAUGUAAUAGACACAUUUCUGGCAAAAAUUUUUAAAAAUCCAAAAGACAUCCUAUCAGAUGCUUCAUAGGAAGAGCAAACUUAGCUUAUCAGAUUUCUGAUUUUUGUCCUAAAAUGUUCCUUUACCAGCCUUAUAUCUCAGUAAAUUAUACCACCAUCUAAGUCGAAACCCAGGAGUUAUCCUCGAUACCUCCCUCUCCCUCAGUAACCCCAUUCAAUCCAAUAUCGAGAUACAUCUUAUCUAUCUCUGUAGUGGAGUUUAUAACUUCAGUAUUUUCCCCUUUUUUCUCUUAAAAACUGCCCCUUACUCACUGAUAGUACUUUCUCUUUUCCUUUUUCUAUUUUGUUUUUUCCUUUCUUUCUCUUUUACUCCUUCCCUUUGCUCCUAUUUUUCCCUCCGGUGUAGAGAUUUCAGGCAGUCAUACUGUUUGGUUCACAUUGUCAGCAACGCCUUUCUCUUUUUUCCUACAUUCCAGUUCCCACUCAUGUUCCUUCCCUCUUCAGAAGCCACUCUAAUGUGUUUGAUAUAUGUCCUUUGAAAAUACAUGUAUCUUUGAAUAAUAUAUAAUAUUGUUUUGUGUAUCUAUGUAUUUUAAACAUACGUAUUUGAUAUUGUGUUCUAGAAAUCAUUGUUUCUUUUUCAUGUUUCUGUAUAUACUUCUAACUAUUGCAUGGUAUUGUCUUAAAUGACCUCAUACUCUUGGCCACUGGUCCUGGGCCAAGAUGGGCCAACCAGAGUCCCUACCCAGAACUUUUUUAACUGAAACUAAGAAAAAAAGAAAACCCCCUCCAGUGUGGAAGCCAUAAAAUGCAAAACACAGGAGCUGUCAGCAGCCAUGUGUCCUGCCAUGUGGAACCAGCUGGUCUGCAGUGAAAAGAAUGAAGCCGACAUGCAGAAAGCAGCAGAGAACCAUGUGUGAUCCAUACUGCAUCUCCUUUGCUGAUGUUGAAAAAGCUCAUAUCAACAUUCGCGAUUUUAUCCACAUCACACCAGUACUAACAAGUUCCCUUUUGAAUCAAAUAACAGGACGCAAUCUUUUCUUCAAAUGUGAACUCUUCCAGAAAACUGGAUCUUUUAAGAUUCGUGGUGCCCUUAAUGCAAUCAGAAGCUUGAUUUCUGCCCAUCCAGAAGAGAAGCCCAGAGCUGUUGUUACUCACAGCAGUGGAAACCAUGGCCAAGCUCUCUCCUUUGCUGCCAGAUUAGAAGGGAUUCCUGCUUAUAUCAUAGUGCCAGAAACAGCUCCCAACUGUAAAAAACUGGCAAUACAAGCCUAUGGAGCCUCUAUUGUAUACGGUGAACAGAGUGAAGAGUCCAGAGAAAAUAUGACAAAAAGAAUUGUGGAAGAAACAGAAGGCAUUAUGGUACAUCCCAACCAGGAGCCUGCAGUGAUAGCCGGGCAAGGGACAAUUGCCAUGGAAGUGCUACACCAGGUUCCCUUGGUAGAUGCACUGGUGGUACCUGUAGGAGGAGGAGGAAUGCUUGCUGGAAUAGCCAUUACAGUGAAGGCUCUGAGACCUAGUGUGAAGGUAUAUGCUGCUGAACCCUUGAAUGCAGAUGACUGCUACCAGUCCAAACUGAAAGGGGAACUGACCCCCAACCCCUAUCCUCCGGAAACCAUAGCAGAUGGUAUCAAAUCCAGCAUUGGCUUAAACACCUGGCCUAUUAUAAGGGACCUCGUGGAUGAUGUCUUUACUGUCACAGAGGAUGAAAUUAAGUAUGCAACCCAGCUGGUGUGGGAGAGGAUGAAAUUGCUUAUUGAACCUACAGCUGGUGUUGGAGUGGCCGCUGUGCUGUCUCAGCAUUUUCAAACAGUUCCCGCAGAAGUAAAGAACAUCUGUAUUGUGCUCAGUGGUGGAAAUGUAGACUUAACCUCCCUAACUUGGGUGAAGAAGCAGGAUGAAAAGGCAGCUCCUUAGCAAUCUGUUUCUGUUUAAAAUGUGCAAAAGGAGGAAAAGGGACUCAAGUGUCUAGACACUUGGAAAUUUUGUCUCCUGGUCAUUGUCAACUUCCUAUUAUCCCCUCUAAAACAGCCUUCAAAACCCUAA